AUGGAUACUCUCGUUGAAGACACCCAAACUCUUUUCGCCGAUGUAUUCUCGCACCUUGCCUUGGUGGAAUCUCAGCCUGGGUCAGUGUUGCUCGACGAAGAUCUCCUGAAGCGGGCAGAACGCAACCUCGAUGCCUCGACACCACGAGAUCUGCUAUGGCAGCUUCUAGGGAAGGGCGAAAACCUUUUACAAACAAUCCAACAGGAGCCACGACCACUCACUCGAUUGCUCGAGCGGACUGUCUUGCUGAUUCCCUUUGAUGAACUGAAGACCACCAUUUCUGCCGAGAAGCUUGAGCAGGGUCUUGUAUCGCCUUCCAUUUCUGUCCAGCUUCUCUGUUUAGCUUAUCUACGCAAAGCCGCCGACUCGCCCAGUGGUGCUGCUUUUGUCGCCUCAAGCUCAAGCCUUGUGCAAUGCUUGUUUACGGUUUGGCUCUCUUCCGAAAGUACUGAGGUGGCAGAACGCUCUCUCGAAGGAAUUGAGGCGUUGCUUGCUGUGGACAGUCAGAACAGCGUCACCGUUGGAACCGGCGAGAGUGCUUUACAGGAGGCUCAAGGACAGGGCCUCUUGUGGCGCCGUGUUUUCCAUGACCCCGAAGUCUACGACAUCUUGUUUGUAUGGACUUCGCUCGUCAACUCUAAGCGUGACGUCAAAACCAAGAAGGGCACACAACUCGUCACCAUCUCACAAGCUAGGCUGUUCGAUUUUAUUGCAAGGCUUGCGCCGUUUGACUGGCAGGCCAUCACAACCUCGACUAUACCUGCUGUUGAGACCCGAUAUCUACAAGGAAACGCUGACAACCAGCCUUUUGGUGGCAUCUUGCGCUACGCCGCAUCACACAUGAUCGACUCUAGGGAUCUUCUAAUGCAAGUGCUGCGGCAAGACUUUUUCCUCAAACUCCUUGCUGUGGUCGAGGAGAAGAACAAUCAAAACGUCUCGCCCCGACUUCUGGAGGCCAUUCAACAAGGCGCUGGCGUUGGAUCGACUCGGGACGUACAGGAUGCUGGCGUCCAUCUUUGA